AUGGGGUUUCAGCAGCAGCAGGACCGACUGAGCCAGUCAGAGUUCAAGGAGGUAUAUGAUGCCUUAGAUAUCUCCGGCAGCGUCGCCCUCAACGCUCAGCAGGAACAGAACUCCUCGUCAGCUGCAGCCGCAAAUACUCAAGAAGGCACAACAGCGUCAGCAGCGGAAGCCGCUCCAGAGACACAGGCAACAAAAUCGCAACCAAAAGACGGAACAGAAGCAGAAAAGAAAGGCGACAACAGCGCAUCUCCAGCUGCUGCUGCUGCACCUUCUGCUGCGCCAUCGGCAGCGGCUGCUACUGCACCUCCUGCUGCACCUUCUGCUCCUCCUGCUCCCCCAGGCUCAGAAGUUGCAACUCUGCAGCAAAUACUGAGGACGAAAGACUGCAGCUUGGCUCUCGUGUCGGACGUGGAUGAACAACUGCUGCUGAACAUCAGCUUCAAGCAACCCAUCCGACUCGCCUCCUUCUCGAUCUUAGCAACAACUGCACCCCAAGGGUUUCAAACAAACGCCGAUGACGAGGACUCCGUCUCAGCCCCCAUGGUAGUCAAGAUCCGCAGCGUUCGUACGAGCGGCGGGCCCCCGCCGGAGUCGGCGGCGGGUGGCUGCGUGCGCGUGUUGUCGAUGGGUUGCAUUGGCCCCGUUGGCCAGAACGUCAGCCGGCGUAUUCGCCGCAUUCUGCAGCCCGAGCGCAACUCCUCCUCCUCCGCCCCUGCAACAGCAGCAGCAGCAGCAGCAGCAAAUGGGCCUUUAGCCGUGCAUUCUCAACACGACAGCAAACCCCAAACUCCCCCCCCUCUGAUUCUUCCCUCAUCUCUCCGCAGUGCCAAUGCCGCCUUCAGAACGGCACCCGCCCCGUCUUCGUCUCCUCGCCAUGCAGCACAGGCGCAGCAGCAGACGGGCAGUCAGCAGGCUUCUGCUGCAGAUGCAUCAGCAUCAUCAUCAGCAGCAGCAGCUGCUGCUGCUGCUGCCUCUGUGCCAUUUCACCUGAAUCGUUUGGCAUCGAUAUCGCGGCAUGGCGAUCGAGUGGAGAGUAGCAACCUAUCGGGGUAUUAUGGGGGUGACCCUGUGCUUAAAGAUAAAUUAUUUUUUGCUUUGAGGGAUGAAGAGAGAGGCGGCGGGGUCACCUCCUCCUUGCAUGCUGCAGAUCUUGCUUCUGCUGCUGCUGAGUCUGCUGCUGCGUUCGUACAAAUGGAUCCUGCUGAACAGAAAUCAAUAUACCCAGCAGCCGAACUGUUACCAGAAGGAUAUGGUAAACUGAUGCUGCCGCCCCCCAAAAAGCCAUCAACUCCGCCUCCCUCACAGCAGCAGCAGCAGCAACAACAGCAGCAACAGCAGCAGCAGCAGCAGCCGAGUAGCACCGAUGCGAGAGCGCAGGCUGAGGCAGUGGCGGCAACGGAGUACAGCCCUGGAGACUACAAGCCAGACAUUCCACCUGAGGCUCCUGCAGCUGAGUCCACGAGCCUCAGCCCCUACCCUGAUGAGGAGCCAGAGAUGGAGUAUGAUGAAGAGGGAGCGAUGGGGGGUACUGUAGACCCCUUUGAGUCUGGCACAGCAGGAGCAGUAGGCGGCUACGGCGAUAUGGGUUACAUGCCGGGCGGAUACGGCGCAGGCAGUAUGGGGGGGUAUAUGGGUGCGGGGUACAGUGGAUACGGAGCAGGGGCAGCAUACCACGACCCCUAUUCAACACACGGAAUGUAUGGGGGGGCCUAUGGGAGCCCCUAUGGCGGGGCCUAUGGGGCUGGCUAUGGAACGGGCUACGCCGGGGCUGCCUAUGGAGCCCCCUAUGGAGCAGGGUAUGGGGGGGCUUAUGGGGGGAUGUAUGGAGGUGGCUACGGGAGCGGAACUACCCCUUAUGAUGAACACUAUGAUGAGUAUUCAAGGAAGUACGCCAAGGAGGCAGCUAAAGAGGAUGCAAAGUGGAGAAGAGAAAUGGAGGAGAAAGAAAGGAAGAGAGAAGAGAAAGAGGCAAAGAGAGCAGAGAAGGAAGAGAAAAAAAGAAGAAAAGAAGAGAAAAUGGCAGAGAAAGAAGCAAAACAAAAAGAAAAAGAUGCAAAAGAACAGGAAAAAAAACAGAAAGAUGAACAGAAAGCACUGAAAGAAGGAGCCAGACCCAAAGAAAAACAAGCAAAAGGAGAAGGAAAAGAGAAAGGCAAAGAAAAAACAAAAAAAGGAAAAGAGGGAGGAGAAGCAAAAGGCAAAGAUAAAUCUGGUAAAGGGGAUAAAGGGGGAGGAGACAGCCAAAAUAAAAACGAAAAGAAACAGAAAAAAGAUAAAAAGAAAGAAGAAAAAGCAGCAGACAAAGGAGGCAAAGGAGACAAAGGAGGCAAAGGAGAUAAAGGAGGAGAUAAAGGAGCAAAAGGAGACAAAGGAAGCAAAGGAGACAAAGGAGGAGAUAAAGGGGGAAAGGGAGGAGACAAAGGAGGAGAUAAAGGGGGAAAGGGAGGAGACAAAGGCAGCAAAGGAGGAGACAAAGGAGACAAAGGCGGCAAAGGAGGAGAAAAAGGAGGAGGAAAAGGAGGAGACAAAGGAGGAGGAAAAGGAGGAGACAAAGGCGGAGACAAAGGAGGAGGAAAAGGUGGAGACAAAAAAGGCAAAGGAGGAGAUAAGGGAGGAGACAAAGGAGGCAAAGGAGGAGACAAAGGAGGCAAAGGAGGAGACAAAGCAGCAGAAAAAGGAGGAGACAAAGGAGGAGGCAAAGGAGGAGACAAAGGAGGCAAAGGAGGAGACAAAGCAGCAGACAAGGGAGCAGAUAAAGGGAAAGGAGGAGACAAAGCAGCAAAAGGAGACAAAAAGAAAACCAAAGGAGACAAACAAAAAACAGAUAAUCAACAGACAGCAAAGGGAGCAAAAGGAGACGCAACACAAAAGGCAGCGGGAGACAAAGGAAAUAAAAAAGAAAAGAAAACAGAAAACAAAGCCGAAGGCAAAGCAGGAAAGAAAGAAAAAGCAGCAGGGAAAGACAAAACAGGAGACAAAGCAGAGGCAAAAGCGAAAGAGAAAAAAACAGAAAAGGCAGCAGCAAAGGAGACAAAGGGAGAUAAGGCAGCAGCAAAAGAGGGAAAAGGAGACAAAGCAGCAGCAAAAGAAAAGAAAUCAGAGAAAGCAGCGGCGAAACAAGAACAGAAAAAAGAGAAAGCAGCAGCAAAGGAAAAAACAGCAGACAAGGCAGCAGCAAAAGACAAGACAGCAGCAAAAGACAAAGCAGCAGCAAAAGACAAGGGGGCGAGCGCAGAGAAGGGAGCUUCAAAAACAAAAGAUAAAAAAGAAGCAAAGGCAGGGGACCAGAAGAAAGCAAAUGAAACAGGGAAAAAAGAUAAAGCAGCAGCAAAAGCAGACAAGGCAGCAGCAAAGGCAGAAAAGAAAGCAGCAAAGGCAGAAAAGAAAGCAGCAAAGAAAGAGAAAGCUGCAGCAAAGAAGGAACAAGCUGCAGCAGCAAAAAAAGAAAAAGCUGCAGCAAAGAAAGAAAAGGCUGCAGCAAAAGCAGCAAAGAAGAAAGAGAAGAAAGCGAAGAAAGCUGCUGACAAAGCGAAGAAAAAAACAGCAAAGCAAAACAAAAAGAAAAAGACCAAAACUAAAACAAAGAAAAAAGCUAAAACAAAAACAAAACCGAAAAAAACAAAAAAGAAAAAAGCUAAAAAGAGAAAGACAAGAAGGAAGAGGAGAAGGUAA